UCUUUUUUCCCUUUCCUCUGUUUUUUUUCUCAUCAACCGUCUAUCAAGUACCUGCAUAAUUAUAAAUUGAGAUGGACUUCACACAUGGAUACGAAGAUUUCGCCACACGGUACUAUUGGACUCGGUUAUUGUCGCCGCUCAAGUGCUGUGGUUGCUUCAGUAAUCGUUUUGGAAGCGGGGUCGCGUGCUUAACAUGGGCGGGAUUCAGCUUUUACUUUGCCAUCCUUGCAUUCAUGCAAAAAAGCCCAUUCUAUUCACAUCUACAUGAGGUACCAUUGAUCAUAUUUGGUGUUGUGAAUCUUAUCUUCGGAUGUAUCUCUAUUGCUGGCUUUGUGGUCGUCUAUUUCCGGCCUAUAUAUGUGAGAGUUCAAAUCAUGGUCUAUGUGAUUGCUGCCGGUGCCAGCCUGGUGCUUAUAUCGAUGCUAGUUAACUACAUAUUAUUCGUCGUUAACCGAGGUGCUUUUGAAACAUGGUGCAUCGACCACUCCCGCUCGGUUGCCCAAGACGACAUCCGAAGCCAAACUGGAGGCAACACGACCAUUACAAUCGGGUCAGAAAUGGACUACUACAACUGUGAUCGUCUGUUCGCCAAUCAAGUCAAAUGGUCACUUUUAUGUGUUGUCGCCAUGUAUAUCAUCUAUGUUCAUUGGAUGCUGGUAUUUGCAGUAUUUGCAGGCACAUCUUUCUUCCUUAUUCCCCCGCGUGCUGCUCCUAUACCGCCUCCUGUCGUGCCGCCACUCUCUGAAAUCGGUGAGCCAAUGCCACCGCCACCACCUACAACGAUCAUGCCGCCCACUGGAUUCUCCAACUUACCGCCAUCAUCCUCGGAAAAGAAACAAAACACGACAUAUUACACUCUGAAACCUGCCAAAAAGAGUAUUACUGCUACGUUGAAAAAGAAACGCGUCGACCCAAACUUGCUGUCGGUUCUGGGGCUCAAAGUUAAUGAAUCCGGCCAUGUGAUUCAUAUAGCAGACGACGACAGCCUACCACGAUAUAGUACGGAUCAUUACAACUACAGCAGUAGCAGAAACAAGCGUUGGCCGUCAUCUUCAAGCAAGACAUUUGUGCCUUCAUCUAAUGAGGAAGAUCUGCGUUAAAUUAACCUUCAUCCUCGCUCUGAUAUACCCCUCCACCGUAUCGACCCGCACUCUUUUAUCCUCUUUUUUCUUGUAAAUCAUACUGUACUUUUGUUUUUUAAACUUUUGCUUUUUCCUAGAUUUAACUGAUUAAGUUCGCUUAUCGGCUUUUUUUUUAUCAAAACGAGAUAUACGAGUAAUCUUUGAGCCG